UUAAUUUAAUGACUUGAGGUCGUGUUGUCGAUCAAAUAGCUAGUUACCGGAAGUUAGCUUUCAGCGUCGCGUGCGAUUAGUCGCUGAUGCUAGCAGGCUACAAAAAAUAAUAAUAAAUAAAAACUUUAAAAAAUUACACAAAUAUUAACGACUGUGUUUUGAUAAAGCGGUAAGUCCUAAUUGAUAUGUAAUAGGCGGGUACAUUGUUGAAGGCUUUUAAAUUAAUUGUGGUAAAUAAAACAUAUCGUAAGAGUUCCGGAUUAGGGUUAGCCGGUUUCUGCGCAUGCGCACUACAUUUUCGCUCUCCCAUUAGUUCUGGCUUCAUUUGUUUUGUGAUAAGAUUAUGAGCCUGUUAAAAUAUUUUCUUUACAAGACUGGUUAGCACUUUUUAUUUAAAUAUUCAACCUAUUUGUUUUAUACUAUUUUAAAUAUCAGAGGAAUUUUCUCUUAAGGGCAUAUGAAUAAAGUAUACAGUGUUUGUUUUUGAGUACUUAAAACACCUGUGUUAACUGAUCUGAUCUAUUUUGUUUGUUUGGUACAGUAUUGAACAGUUAAUUAAACUUUGUCCUGUUGAGGGUUGUGGUUUGUUUGGCAUUUCACGUGUGUGUGUAUAAACUAUGCCAGAGCUUGCAGGAUGAACAGCAGUGGGCCGGUGUACCCUUUGGCCUCGCUCUAUGUGGGUGACCUGCAUCCUGAUGUCACGGAGGCCAUGCUAUAUCAAAAGUUCUCCCCUGCAGGACCCAUCAUGUCCAUCCGUGUGUGCAGGGACAUCAUCACCCGCAGGUCACUCGGUUACGCUUACAUCAAUUUCCAGCAGCCUGCUGAUGCGGAAUGUGCACUGGACACAAUGAACUACGAAGUGAUAAAGGGUCGUCCAAUCAGGAUCAUGUGGUCGCAGCGAGACCCUUGUCUGAGGAAGUCUGGAGUGGGGAACAUCUUCAUUAAGAACAUGGACGAGUCAAUUGACAACAAGGCGCUUUACGACACCUUCUCUGCCUUUGGCAACAUCUUGUCAUGUAAGGUGGUAUGUGACGAAAAUGGCUCAAAAGGUUAUGGAUUUGUGCACUUCGAGACCCAGGAGGCAGCGAAGCGAGCCAUUGAAACCAUGAACGGCAUGCUCUUGAAUGAUCGCAAAGUUUUUGUUGGACAUUUUAAAUCCCGUAAGGAGCGGGAGGCAGAGUUUGGCGCGAAGGCCAUGGAGUUUACCAAUGUUUACAUCAAGAACUUUGGAGAUGAUUUUGACAGUGAGAAACUGCGCCGUAUCUUCUCUGAAUUUGGUAAGACCCUGAGUGUCCGUGUGAUGACUGACGAUAAAGGGCGUUCUCGUGGCUUCGGCUUCGUGAACUACGCAAACCAUGAGGAUGCACAGAAGGCUGUAGCUGGGAUGAAUGGAAAGGAGCUGAAUGGACGAGUGCUGUAUGUGGGCCGGGCUCAGAAGAGACUGGAGAGACAGUCUGAACUGAAACGCAAGUUUGAGCUAAUCAAGCAAGAACGCUUAAACCGAUACCAGGGGGUGAAUCUGUAUGUAAAGAAUCUGGAUGAUGGUAUUGAUGAUGACAAACUGAGAAAAGAGUUUGCCCCUUAUGGCAUGAUCACCAGCGCUAAGGUAAUGACGGAAGGUGGUCACAGUAAGGGCUUUGGCUUCGUUUGCUUCUCUUCUCCUGAGGAAGCUACGAAAGCUGUGACUGAGAUGAACGGCCGGAUCGUCAGCACUAAGCCUCUAUAUGUGGCCCUGGCCCAAAGGAAAGAGGAGCGCAAGGCCAUACUCACCAACCAGUACAUGCAGAGAUUGGCCAGUGUGAGAGCCAUUCCUGGCCCUGCCAUUCCUGCCUACCAGCAGAGUUCUGGCUACUACAUGCCUUCCAUACCGCAGCCUCAGGGACGUGCCUUCUACAACGCUGUUCCAAAUCUACGACCAGCACCACGCUUUGCUACCCAAGCCCCAAGACCACAGGCUCCUUACUCAGCUCAGACGCUGAGGCCAGUGAUGGCACGCAGAACCUCCACCCCCAUCAGCACUGUGCGCCAGGCCUCCACCCAGGCUCCAGGUGUGAACACUCAGAGAAUGGCUCACAUCGGGACUCAGACAGCAGGUGGGCGGACUGUGGGAGGGUCUAUGAUGAGAGGUGUCGGUCAAUACAAAUACUCAAGCGGUGUUCGAAACGUUCAACAGGUCAUCACUGUACCAGCUCCUGUUCAACAAAUGCUGUCUUCUCCGGUUAUGGAGCCUGCAGUUCAUGUAAAAGGUCAAGAGCCCCUUACUCCAUCAAUGCUGGCAGCUGCACCCCUUUUGGAACAGAAACAACUACUGGGUGAACGUUUGUAUCCACUGAUCCAGGCCCUUCAUCCUAAACUUGCUGGUAAGAUCACUGGCAUGCUGCUCGAAAUCGACAACUCUGAACUUCUGCACAUGCUUGAGUCUCCAGAGUCUCUACAUGCCAAGGUUGAGGAGGCGGUGGCUGUUCUUCAAGCUCAUCAAGCAAAGGAAGUCUCACCUAAUAAAUAGGCAAAGUUUAUGCAGGCAUGAUCAUUUGAAGGUCCAUGGGUUUUGCAGAAGGAGGAAAAAGGGGUGUAAUGUGUUAAAGAUUUAAUGGUGGGGGGAGAAUAAUACAGUAUGAACACUUCAAAGGCAAUGGCACUUUUGUGAGUAGCUUUUACUCACGUCAGUACUGCUCUGCACUGUUAUGUUAAUAUUGAGUUUUGUUAUUAAAAAAAAG